UGAAUGUCUCAACUUGGCAUCACUCAAAAUCUCACUCAGACCGUUGAAGAAAAUUUGAAAAAGAAAUGUCUCAGCAUCAAAACCCGGCUCCGGCAGCUGCCGAAGAAGCGCCACUGCCACCACAUGUAUUGAUUUUUCCAUUACCUAUGCAGGGCCAUGUAAACUCCAUGCUAAAGCUGGCCGAACUCUGCUGCAUUUCAGGCCUGCACGUCACUGUCCUCCUCUCCGACUUCAACUACGACCGUCUCCUCCGUCAUGCCAAUGUCGAAUGGCGGUUUGCUAAGUACCCCGGGUUCCAAUUCGCCACUAUUUCUGACGGACUCCCGGACGACCAUCCCCGGGUUGGGGAACGGACGAUGGAGAUCGUGUUGAGUUUGAAGGUUGUUGGGGAAUCCCAGUUCAGAAAUCUCAUGGUUUCAACCGAUCGGCUGACCAAAAUUGGUGGUGUGAAGAGGAGACCGUUGACUUGUCUGAUUAUGGAUGGGGUGCUGAGCUUUGCUGCUGUUGUUGCUGAAGAAAUGGGAAUCCCUUUUAUUUAUUUCAGGACAGUUGGGGCUUGCUCUUUCUGGGCUAAUUUCUGUAUCCAAGAUGUGAUUGAUGCUGGUGAAAUUCCUUUCAAAGGAAAAGAUGAGGACAAAGUAAGCUAUAGAAAUAAGAAGGAGAUGGAUUUAAUGGUAACCAGUGUGGCAGGCAUGGAAGGAUAUCUAAGGAGGCGUGACCUGCCAGCAUUCUUUCGUGUAGCUGAUGUCAACAAUCCAGGGUUGCAGACCAUCAAAUCUGAAACUAGAAGAAGUGUUAAAGCUAGGGCUCUUAUACUGAACUCAUUUGAAGACUUAGAAGGGCCAAUUCUUGAUCAGAUAAGGAAACACAUGCCCAUUUUGUUUUCAAUUGGUCCCCUACAUGCCCAUCUCAAAGUCCGGAUAGCAGCAAGCAAGUCCACAACAGAGAAGUCAAUGGGCCAUUCUGGGAGUUUCUGGGAAGAAGACAGGAGCUGCAUCGAAUGGCUGAACUCGCAGCCUGACAAGUCUGUGAUCUAUGUGAGCUUUGGCAGUGUUACCAUAAUGACAAGGGAUGAGCUUUUAGAGUUUUGGUAUGGCUUGGUGAACAGUGGCCAGAUGUUUCUGUGGGUGAUGAGGCCUGACUCUGUCAUUGGAAAGGAUGGGGUGAGUCAUCUUCCAGUUGAGAUAGAAGAAGGCACAAAGGCUAGAGGAUACAUUGUGGGAUGGGCGCCCCAAGAAGAGGUUCUAGCACAUCCAGCAACUGGUGGAUUUUUGACUCAUUGUGGGUGGAAUUCUACUCUUGAGAGCAUAAAUGCAGGAAUCCCCAUGAUUUGCUGGCCUUACUUUGCAGACCAAACUAUCAAUAGCAGGUUUGUGGAUGAGGUCUGGAAGCUGGGUUUGGAUAUGAAAGACACUUGUGAUAGAGUCACCGUGGAGAUUAUGGUUAGGGACCUGAUGGAAGUGAGAAAAGAUGAGUUCUUGAAAAAGGCAGAACAUAUGGCUAAUCUGGCAAAAAAAGCUGUUAGUGAGGGUGGAUCAUCUUACUGUAACUUGGAUAGCCUAUUUGAAUUCAUUAGUUCUAUGAUUGUGUGAGCCAAAGUGUCCUGUUGAGGAAAAAAGCAUGGGAGUUGAAGCCAUUUAGUCCUGGAUUGGCAAGUAUCUGACACAUUGUCUUAUUAGAGAGUUCUGAAUUACUGUAACUUUGGAUAACCCCUUCGAAUCCAAUAAAUCUAUGAUUAUUUGAGUAAUUGAAUUAUUCAGAAACACUUUUACUA